CUCUGAAAAGUCUCUCUCUUUGCCCGCGAGAUGGACUCAACAAUGGAGGACGCAACGGCCGCCACGCCAACGGUGUCGUCAGAGCUGCCGCCGCCGCCUCCUCCCAACGCGAACCCUAACUCGGAGCUCCCUUCUUCCGAUCCUCCCAAAACCAGAGAAGAGGGCGAGCUGUCUUCCGACGACGACGACGACGACGACAAUACUAUUUGCUCUGCUCCACAUUCCACGGGUAUCAGCGUGCCUCCUUCAGGGGCUGUGCCUGUUCAACCAUUGAACAAACUGACUCAAGGCAUUCAAGUUGGGAAGGUUGUAUGUGGAAAUGAUCCCGCAAGCCCUGCUGAUAUUCAAACCCAAAUAUCCGUACAGUCUACAUCCCAGAAGAGCAAUGAUACAAACCGAAUACCAUUAAAAUCUGCCACACCUGGAUGGGGUGCCCCUAUGGGGUCCAACGAUAAUCUUGUUAUAAACUUCUCAGACGAUGAUAGUCGCAGUGAUUCUGAAGAAACAGAGCACAGGAAAGAAAAAGCUAGAGAAACUAAAAGUCAUGUGACUGGAGUGGUUUUUAAUGGAAAACCACCUACUUCAUCACUUGCAAGAUCAAACAAGUUACAACAGACAGCCAGGAAUGCGGACAAAGUAAUGCCUAAAAAAUUGGGUAUGAAUCGCACUUUUAUCUCAUCAAUGUCCAAAAUCCGUGGAGCAAAUUUUCGGGAUUCUGGUCCUUCAUCAGUUAAUCAAGGAUCUCGAGUUAGAAAUUAUGAUUCCAUGAACAAAAAUUUAGUGAGCCAAGAGCGUGGACGUGAUCAAGGUGCGGGCUUGAACAAUAGUAAACUUCAGGACUUGCGGCAUCAGAUACGUGAUCAAGGUGUGGGCUUGAACACGAGUAAACUUCAGGACUUGCGGCAUCAGAUUGCACUCCGGGAAAGUGAACUAAAGCUCAAGUCUGCCCAGAGAACUAAAGAAUCAAUUACAUGUAGGGACGAUAAUGCUGUGAGCCAACACAGAGAUGGAGCUAGUAAAUCCAGUGUGAGAUAUUCUGAUGUUACACAGAUAGAACCAAAAGAGCCAGAUAAGAAACGCUUGAAAGUUGGUGGCCCUUUUUCCACCCAGUCAAGUGUUCAAGGCCCACAAGAUGUACCUGUUGCAAAAUCUAUUUUAUCAUCAAAAGUCUCAGCAGCGGAGGACGAUGGUCCAAUGAACAGAGUUAAGGUUGAUCAUGGCCAGAAAGGAAUUCCUGGUCCAACAGAGUUAAGCAUCGUAGAAUGGAAAAAUCAAAAUGAUAAACAUGUUGCUGCUACAUCAGAAAAUAUAUGUAGUGGAGUGAAAGAUGGUGCUGGCAUUAAUACUAAAGUCAUCCAGUCCGAUAGGAAGAGCAAGCUGGUGGAUCCUUAUGCUACACUAAACAAGGUGACAUCACCAGAAAGUAUGACUUGCAAUAAUUUGCCGAAGAACUCAGAGACUAUGGAAUUGAAUCAUACACAUGGGGAUGAUCGCCGUCUAGAACCAGGUUCCUUCUUGAACAGAUCAACCUCCGGAAAGAAUAUAAUGAGAAGUUCUGACCAUCAGGAAGUCACAUCCAGUGACAAGAAGCUUGAUCCCUCCUCCAAGAUAUGUCAGGCAUUUCUAAACAAUGCAAGCCUCUCGAACUGUUUUGGUAAUGCAAAGGUUACAGGACGGGGAGACAUAGAUAUGCAUUCCUUGUUUGAAAUUGAGGAAACAUUGGACAAGGAUCUGGAGGAAGCACAAGAACAUAGGCGAACGUGUGAAAUUGAAGAAAGAAAUGCUCUGAAAGCUUAUCGUAAAGCACAGAGGGAUGUUCUUGAGGCCAAUGCUAGGUGUUCUGAUCUAUACCGCAAAAGAGAAGUAUAUUCUGCCAACUUGAGGUCGUUUAUUUUGGACAAUUCCAGUUUGCUAUGGUCGUUAAGGCAGAAUGACCAAGCUGGAAUUGGGUUGGAUCAUGCUAAUAACAUGACUGGAAAUGUGAAUCUAAUACCUACAUCAAGCCAUCAGAUGCAUCCUGAGCAUAGUGGUUUUAACCCAGCAGCGUGUGAUUCAGACAUCCAAUGUGUUAACAGUGCUCACAACACCUCAUACAAGCAUUUGAGUGGACAAAACAUGGGGUCAGAACCAUGCAGCGAACCAGAUGCUAGUACAUCAGAGCCAUUGCCUCUUCUAGGCAAAAACGGCGCAGAUGGAGUGUCCUCUCCCUCCAAUGAACUGAAUAAUUCAGCAGAUAAUGAUGAUGAGAGAUAUUCAUUUGAAAAUGAAUCUGUUCAACCUAAAGACAUGGACCUUGGAGACAAGCAAAAGGACUUAGAUCAGGAAUCAAAUAGAAAAAUGUCCAUUGAUAACUCCCAGGAUCCUGUGCUUCUUGAAAGAAUGUUGAGGUCUAAACUAUUUGCAAAGCUAGGUACAAAAACAUUGUCAAAGAAUAGUAGUUCUUGUAAUGGCACAGAACUUUCAGUGGAAGAAGGGGCUGAAAAUGAUUUCAGAACGGAAAAAACCAAAGAAAUUAAAGGGACUUUUUCUUUCUCUGAAGUGGAAAAGAAUCAACAAUCUGAUGAUGAAGGUAUGGAUGGGCUCGAAAAAAAUUCCUCUGAGCCUCCUCUUGAGAUUCAAAGAGAGCACUCCGUCGAAAAUCUUUCUGCGAACUCUCACUCCAAUUUAUAUUCUGAGGACAGGUUUUACUUCAGAGGUAACAUCUUAAGGACUGCUUUUGGGUAUAUGAAAGUCAUAUGCUCAAAAAGUUAUAUAGAACCUCAAGCUAGAAGUCAACAGCGUCCCACUUGUAUCAACCCCGAGAAUAUCCGGUCCAGCAGUGCCAUGGUAGAACCACCGGAAGAGACUCUGGUAGAAUUAUCUGGAAGAGAAGUUGGAUCUUAUAGCACUGGUCCCGCUGUUGAUCCCUUUUGGCCACUCUGCUUGUAUGAGCUUCGAGGAAAAUGCAACAAUGAUGACUGUCCAUGGCAACAUGUUAGGGACUAUAACACAACUUUGUAUCAAGAUCAGCAUGGUAACUCUGAUAGUACUGAUUGUCAGGUUGGAUCAACAUUGCGUCGAAGAAAGUGUGAUGGUUCAACAAAAGCUCCCUUGUAUCGCAAUGUAAUAUCUUCACCAACUUAUCUUGUUGGCUUAGGUAUUCUGAAAACUGAUCUGCAUUCAUAUGAAUCUGUUCUAGCAUGGCGAAAUGGACAAUUCUGGAAAAAGUGUUUCAGCCAUUUCUUGGUGUUGUCAAAUUUGUUUCGGAAAGAUGUUUCUGCAGAUGUACCAUUCUUACAUGGAAAUGACGGUCACAUAGAGGCCCCCGUGAGUUUGAACAGACAGUCAUCGUUUUUCCAGAAUAGCAACGGAGGAGUGGAUAAACUCACACAAGCUUUGGGUGACAAUGAUCAAUACCUGGAGAUUGCCCUGUUAAUUUUCAGCCAGGAGGCUAACGAACUUGAGGGCAUGAGAAAGGCUCUCCAUGUGCUGUCACGAGCUCUUGAGGCAGAACCAACAUCCAUUAUUCUCUGGAUUUUUUAUCUGCUUAUUUACUAUAGCAAUAUGAAGUCAGUAGGGGAAGAUGACAUGUUCUCCUGUGCGGUAAAAUACAAUGAUCGAUCUUAUGAACUUUGGCUCAUGUGCAUCAACAGUCGGGUGCAGCUUGACGACCGGUUGAUAACAUAUGAUGUCGCCCUCUCAACACUGUGCCGCAAUGCUCCUGAUUCUGGCAUAGAUGGAAUGCAUGCUAGUGCAUGCAUCUUAGACCUAGUUUUGCAAAUGAUGGAUUGUUUAUGCAUGUCUGGUAAAAUUGAGAAGGCCAUUCAGAAAGUCUUUGGACUCUUCCCCAUUGCUGAAAAUUUUGAUGACCCUAAUUCCCUCUCGCUCUCUAAUAUACUCACAUGCCUAAGUAUUUAUGACAAAUGUAUAUUAGGGGUUUGUUGUGUUUACUUGGUUAUUUACAGGAAACUUCCUGAUGCUGUAUUGCGGCAGUUUGAAUGUCAGAAAGAACUCUCUGAAUUUGAAUGGCCUUCCAUGGAAUUAGUAGGUGAUGAGAAGCAGAGGGCUUUCAUGCUGAUGGAUACAGUAGUAGGUUCUGUAGACUCAUACAUGAAAAUUGAAUCACUUGAGAAAAGUGAAUCUAGUCUCAAAUUGGCACAUUUCAUUGCUCUCAACCACUUAAAGUGCAUGGCAGCUCUUGACAGCUUAGAAAGAUGUAGGAACCUCUUGGAUAAAUAUCUCACUUUGUACCCAUCCUGCUUAGAACUUGUUUUAAUAUCAGCUCGGGCACAUAAACAUGAGACGGGGGAUUCGCUUUUUGAGAGAUUUGAAGAAGCCCUUGCUGAGUGGCCAAAAGAAGUCCCUGGAAUCCACUGUGUUUGGAAUCAAUACGUUGAGUGUGCCCUUCAGGAUGGAAGAUUUGAUUUGGCUAAAGAAGUUAUGGACCGCUGGUUUCGUUCUGAUUGGAAAGUUCACUAUCUUCAAAAUGGUACAUUGGAUGGAAUGAAACAUGUUAACUCAAAUAACUCUCUAGGAGAUUCAGUUCGGCAGGCACUCGGUUCCGAUCCUAAUCGGAUGGACGUAAUGUUUGGACAUCUGAAUCUAGCUCUGCACAAUCUCUUGCAGAAUGACCACAUUGAAGCUCGCUCAGCCCUUGAUAGGGCACUGAAUGCUGCUGUUCCACAAUACUUGAAGCAUUGUGUUAGAGAACAUGCAUCGUUUAUGCUUACUGAUGAAUCUUUGUUAAAGGAGAAUGGUUACAUAAGUGGCAUACAGAAGAAUUUGGAGCACUAUUUAGGUGUUUCUCAGGCUUUCCCUACCUCUGAGCCAUUAUCAAGAAAUUUCAUUAACAACGUCAAGAAGCCAAGAGUCCGGCAGCUAGUCAGUAAUAUCUUCAGUCCACUUUCAUCUGAUUUUUCUCUGGUGAAUUUGGUUCUUGAAGUAUGGUAUGGACCAUCUCUUUUACCGGAAAAGUUCGGUGAGCAAAAAGAUCUGGUGGAUUUUGUUGAAGCCAUCUUGGACAAAACUCCAUCCAACUAUCAGUUAGCUGUUUCCGUAUGUAAGCUGUUAAGCAGCUGCAGCAACGCCGGCGAUGUUACUUCUCUCAGUGCUUUGUUUUGGGCUAGCUCGAACUUGGUCAGUGCAAUUUUACAUGCUGUCCCAAUUCCACCUGAGUAUGUAUGGGUUGAAGCUGCGGAAACUUUGGGCAAUAUUGCAGGCGUGGAGGUUAUUUCUGAGAGGUUUUAUGAGAGAGCUUUAUCUGUAUAUCCGUUCUCUGUUAAGUUGUGGAAUUCCUACCAAAAACUUUCUAUGAUGACUACAGGAAAUGCGAAUGCUGUCGUGGAAGCAGCAAAAGAAAAAGGUAUACAACUCAGUUAGGGUUCUUCCUUACUUGUGUUUUGGCUGUCCAUUUGGAUCGGCAUUUGGUAAAAAGCUUUGGGGGUGCCAGUUUUUGAUAGCAUGGAGCAGGUGGAUGUAGAUGAGACGGUGCUAGAUUUGACAUCUUUGGCAAGUUGAUUUUCUGUUGCCGUUUUUGCUAACAGAAGGUUAUGAGAUGUUAAAUGUGAAAUUUAGGAACCACAGAAGCUUUGUACAGGAUAGGAGUACAGAAUCAAAGAGGUUAUAACUAUAUAGCUCUCACCGACUUCACUUGGCGGACAUUUCGUUGAAAACGAUAUAGGCAGAGGAAUCGCUGCAAUCGGAGAUUGAGCGACUCUUUUGGAUUAAUAGUUUACUUACAUAUGUAGGUAUAUAGUUGUUGAUGAUGUUGUUGUUAUCUUUCCGUAUCGUUUGUGUUGUUAUAAUUGAAGGUAGCUGACCAGAAUAUUGUACUUGAAGCGGAAAGUGAAAUGCAUAUGGCUUGAAUUCCUUUUGUUUAA